AUGUCGAGAAGGCCAGCGCCCCCACCGCCACGGGAUGGAGACAGCAGGGCGCGACGAGGAUACGACAGGGAUGGGUAUGAGGGAGGAAGAGGCGGAUAUGGCUCUCGCGACUGGGACAGGCCUGCGGGGCGCGAGGGCGGGGCAGGCGACCUGAGGUACGACGGAGGGGGCAGCAGCAGCCACUCCUCGUACAGGCGUGAGCCAUAUGGGGGCGAGAGAGAUGACAGAAGGGGCGGGGGUGGCAGGGAUCGCAGAGAUCGAGACUACCGUGGAGAUCGGCAUCCUCCCUCUCGCAGAGACUACGAUGGGCAGCCGCCACCUCGACAAGAGCGCAGUGACUGGGACAGGGAAGACAGGUAUCGAAGAGACGACGGAGACGGACAGAGGAGAAGGCACCGCGACAGGAGCGAAUCGCCCGCGAGACGAGGCGCAGACACAAGGGGAGACAGGCACUCGGGACGCACGGAUGAUGAAGAGCCGAGAGGAAGAAGCAAGCAAAGAGACGAUACCCGUGCGGACGACGUUGAAAGUGGGCAAGGGCAAGGGGAAGGCGGAGAAGGAGACGAGGACGAAGAAGCUAUGAUGGCUGCUAUGGGUUUUGGUGGCUUCGGCUCGACAAAGGGCUCCAAGGUCAACAACAACCAAGAGGGAGCUGCAUAUGUGAAGAAGGAGCGAACCUGGCGCCAGUACAUGCAGCGAAAAGGUGGCUUCAACCGGCCUCUGUCACCGGUGCGCAAGCAAUGA